GCAGAGGCAGAGCAUUUCCCAGAGCCCCUGGGUGGGAGAAGAAGGGCGGGGCGGGAUCAGCUGCUGCGCCCCGGGGGCGCCGGAGGGGCUGAGCCGGGGAGACCUUCACGACCCCCCCGUGCCCGGCCCGGGCCCUGCCCCUGCCCCCGCUGCAGCCUCCAGGUGUCUGACUGAGAUCAAGGCUCCUAUCGUACUUAGCAUGGCCCUAUUCUUCCAGGUGGUGCAGAGAUCCCAACUGAGAUCUGGACCCUGUUCUGCCAGGCACUGAAGAGCCCCCAAGUGAGAUCAGACUCUACUGUUGUUUCAGAUAAAACUGAGAUCCGGCCCUCUUGUGCCAGGCAGUGCAUGACUGCGGCCCAAACUGCUGCCUCCAUUGUGCUGGGUACUUCAGAGACCCCAACUGAGAUCCGUAUCCCUGUUGGGCCUGGCAUUGCACUUACCCGGAAGAAGAUCACACCCCACCGCUGUACCGGGCACUGCACAGACCCUGACAGCGAUCCUGGCCCCACAUUUUGGCUGGUGCUGCAGGGAACCCAAACAAAAUCAUGGAUCUUGUAAUGCCUGUAACCCCUGUUUGAGGUCAGGCCCCUUGUUGUGCAGGGUUCUGCUUGGACAGUGACCAAGAUCAGGGUCCCCAUUGUGACUGGUGCUGAACAGACACCAAGGGGUUUCCAGUUUCCAAACCUGAUGUGAUUUCAUGGCUGGAACAAGGGGAAAACCCGUGGGUCCCAGAUCUCCAUGGCAGUGAGAAAAAAGUGAUCCUGAGAGCUGCAUGCAAAGGUGUUGGCAUGGUGAAUGAGGAGAAACCCCAGCAGGAAGAUGCUGAGCAAGUAGAAUCCCAUAAAAUGUUAUCAGGAAGAUCCAAAGGAAAUGAUUCCGGGAGUUGUGCACUCCCAGAAAAAGAAAAAACCUGUGGAAGUCAGCACAGGCCAGAGGAAAACUUCAGUAGCCACUCAGACCUUAUUACACACGAGAGAAUCAACAUGAAAAAGACACGCUAUACAUGCCAUGAGUGUGGGAAAAGCUUUAAGCGGAGCUCAGAACAUAUCAGACAUAGGAGAAUCCACACAGGAGAGAUGCCUUACACAUGCUCUGAGUGUGGGAAAAGCUUUAGUCAGAGCUCAAACCUUAUCAGACAUCGUAGAAUGCACACCGGGGAGAAACCCUACACGUGCUCUGAGUGCGGGAAAAGCUUCAGUCGGCGCUCAAACCUUAUCACACAUCAGAGAAUCCACACGGGUGAGAAACCUUAUAGAUGCUCUGAGUGUGGGAAACGCUUCAUUGAUGGUUCAGCCCUCAUCUCACAUCAGAGAAUCCACACGGGAGAGAGGCCCUACACAUGCUCUGUGUGUGGGAAAGGCUUCAGACACAGCUCACACCUUAUCACACAUCAGAGAAUCCACACAGGUGAAAAACCGUAUGGAUGCUCUGAAUGUGGGAAACGCUUCAUUGAUGGUUCAGCCCUCAUCUCACAUCAGCGAAUCCACACAGGAGAGACACCCUACAUGUGCUCUGAGUGUGGGAAAAGCUUCAAUCAGAGCUCACACCUUAUCACACAUCAGAGAAUCCACACAGGUGAAAAACCGUAUGGAUGCUCUGAAUGUGGGAAACGCUUCAUUGAUAGUUCAGCCCUCAUCUCACAUCAGCGAAUCCACACAGGAGAGAUGCCCUACACAUGCUCUGAGUGUGGGAAAAGCUUCAAUCAGAGCUAUGCUCUGAUCACACAUCAGAGAAUCCACACUGGAGAGAUGCCCUACACAUGCUCUGAGUGCAGAAAAAGCUUCAUUCAUAGUUCAGCCCUCAUUUCACAUCAGAGAAGCCACACAGGAGAGAGACCCUACACUUGCUCUGAGUGCAGGAAAAGCUUCAAUCAGAGCUCUGCCCUGAUCACACAUCAGAGAAUCCACACAGGAGAGAGACCCUACACAUGCUCUGAGUGCAAGAAAAGCUUCAAUCGGAGCUCUGCCCUUAUCACACAUCAGAGAAUCCACACAGGAGAGAUGCCCUACAUAUGUUCUGAGUGUGGGAAAAGCUUUAGUUGGCACUCAAACCUUAUCACACAUCGAAGAAUACACAGUGGAGAGAGGCCCUACACAUGCUCUGUGUGUGGGAAAAGCUUCAAUCAGAGCUCAAGCCUUAUUAGACAUAAUAAAAUCCACAUGAGAGAGAACUGUAAUAAAUGCCUUGACUAGGGCUGGCUAAAGAUUUUUUUUUUUUAAAUCACAUUUGCUAAUUUCAACAUAGAGAUCUUUGCACCAUCUUCACCAUGGUCUCUCGGCUCCCCCAGAUGAGUUGCCUGCUUUUGCCUUUUGCAGUUCACCCUUCUUUGGGCUCAGUCCUGUGAUCUUUUCUAUGAACUCCUUUUGUUUUGAGUUGUAGGACUGUGUCCCUCUAGCCAGGAUUUUUCAUCAGCUCCAGAGAGAUGGUUUGAUCCCAACAAGCUACAGUGAUACAAAAACUACCUGUGCCUUACAUCCACUAGGAUUGUACAUGGCAAUUGGCGGCAGCUCCUGUUAGUGAUCUUGGUGUAAAAAAACAAUUACAGUUGUAGAGCCGAUGCAGCUCAGGUGCAGUGGUUGCAUUAGCUUUCCUCUUGACCUGACCUAAAGUCCAUCACUUUUCCUAAUCUAAACAAACCCUGAGCAUCACGGUUAUACUGUUUCCCCCAUUUCAAAGCAAUUGUUAGUCAUCAAGUUUCCACUUCGGGAACAAAUUGUUUCAUUCCUAGUUGCUCUAAUGUUGCUUCAGGUUGUGCUGGAGAGCAGAUAUUUUUUACUACCAUUUUUCUCACUUAAAAUAUAUUGAACUAUAACAAAGAUCAGGAACAGGGCAGGGAUAGGGGAAAAGGUCAUUUCACCCUCUGUAACAACAGAAGAAGGUAAGGGAAUCCCUCUGACUUACCCUAUUCCCCAUCACUAUCCCAACCCUCAUGUUGUUCAAUUGGUUAGGUCAAUAUUUUUUCUAAAGGGCUGGGAAGAGGAUUCCCUAAUAAAUGACUUGUAACUAAGCAAAAUACCCAUGCAUUUGGCUCCCAAAUCAGUUCUGGCCCUGGCCCUGCAGGAGGUUGCUCAUGAAGAUAGCUCCUUCCUAAUCAGGUGCAUGUUGCCUCUUAUUUGGGAAAUGCAAUCCCCAGCUAGGUGGGGAUGGGAAAAAUGGAAGUGACAUUUCUGUUCAGCUCACCCCUGGGAGGAGAUACAAAUGUGUAGAAAAGGAAAUCCGUGUUGAGUGUGAUAGAGCUGCAGAAAGAUACCUAUUUUUAAUAGAUUCCUGACUUUUGGUGUCUUACAGGGAUUCUAAGACACACUUGAAUUUAGUCCCUAAUUUAAAUCUGUGCCAGCAGAUUAAAAAAAAUAAAAAGAGCAUAUUUGGGGGAUUUAUACCUCAUUAUCGCGACUGACAUGUUGCGUGGUUGGUGAAGAAUUCUACCCCAGAGAAGUGUAAAAUUACUCCAAGUAAGGUCAAAGAUUUGACAAGAACUCAGGUAGAAAUUGCAGGUACACAUGGUUGAUUUUCACCCCAGAGACGGAAGCUAUGGUGACCUGUGGCCCAGGUAAACUUUUUGGAACGCUGCUCCCUAGUUAAGUGGCAUUGAUCACACUCCUAAAGGAUGCCAUCAUUAAAUUGUGAACAGCUGUCUUUUACCAUUUGGCUCCAAAGUUUCAUGAAGCACAGAGAGAAACAGCAGAUUGCUUCAGAACCAUUCUAUGCCUAUGGGUCCCAGUCUGGCUGCCUUGUUGGACAAGAAGCACUUCCAUGCUCGGCAAAUGAUGGUAGCCAAUGGGGGAAUGUAUCAGAUUCCACGUACAGACUGCAGGAUACAUGAAUGCCGAGUCCUGACUGUGGUUUGGUCUCUUAGUUUUGUUCUUGAGUCUAAUGCAUUUGUAUCACUUCUCCACCUCCUGCUACUUUGAAAGAUUAGAAAGUGUGAAAAUAGAGCACAGGUGGUUUUUCUCAUGAUGCAGCCUUCUCACAUACUAUGAGACCCCUUCCACCCACACUUAUGGGAGAACACCCAGGGAGAAAUGAACUCUCAGAAAUGGAAUGCUCCUAACUUAUUGUAGAAUGUGACUUCACACAAAGCUUACUGGGUGUAAAUGGGAAUAAAGACAAAACUUCCCUAUUGGUUUAUAUUUUUAAUCUUUGAAUAAAUUUUUACCAGCAACAAUGAAAUUAAACAUGAAGUUAAUUAAUGAAAUGUAAGAGACUGAUUCUGUGAUAACUUUCAGUGUUACAAUAUAAUUAAGCUUUUCUUCUUGUUCUCACCCUGCCCCCUCCUACUAUAUCGGAAAUGGUGGCUAAUUCUGAAAUUAAAACCUCACGCCAAAGGAAUUAGAGUGGGGGAAUAUGUGAGAGAAAUAGCUUGUACAAGAACAGAGACCCACUAUAGACGGUAAUUAUUUCUAUUUCAAAUGGAAUUUAUUUUGAUAAAUUUUCAUAUAAAUCUUCUGUUACGAGGAAAAUUACUCGACACAAGAUGUGUAAACUUUUAACCACUUAGAUGGUAACAGCCACAGAGUUCCCUAGGUCUCUUGUUUGCAAAGCAAAGAUGUCGCAUCAGGCAGGAGAUGUCAAAAUUUAAAAUGGUGAUGGAUGUGAGAUGGUAGCUUUUCUGGGUUGUUGGGUUUUUUUGUUUGAUUUGUUUUUUUCAGUUAUUUUUUGUUUUCUUUUUGCAACCAGUUAUUUUUAUAGGUGCUGAGGCCUCUUUUCCUUUUGAGCACAGCUGUUUAACCCUCAGGCCUGGCUCUGGAAACCUCCUCAGAACUGGCCUUGUGUUUCUUUCAUGUUUGAUAUCUUUGGGGUUCACACACCCACACUACAUGCGGUUCACAGCAACUGUUCCUUUGAGAAGCCUGCAGGGUUAAGUGGACCUUUUUCAAACUGACAUUAGCCCAAAGUCUGCCUCAAUUCAGCUGGAUUGAGACACGUCUGUAUCAAAGGAGUGGUUCACACCUGAUUUGCUCAGAGACCUUGGGGGAGAUGUGGUAAAAUAGGACAGGUAGUAGUCAACAACAAUAAAGGUAAAGGCGAAAGACCUUCACCUUGCAGGUCAACAAGCCUGUUCUAUUCAUUCCCUCUGAAGCAUCUGGCACUGGUCACUCUCCGGCAGCAGACUGGGCUAGAUGGACCAUUGGUCUGACCCUGUAUGACCAGUCUUGCGUUCUUAUGUAAGUCAUCUAUGGCCUUGUCUAUGCUGGUAAGUUUCGGCACAGUAAAUCAGCUUUCGGCGGUGUAACUUCUGAGGGGUACACACGGCUAAGCCACUUAGUGCGCAGAAACUGCGCAGUUGCAACACU